CUCCUUAAUCACUCCUUUUUAUUAGGCACUAUGCUGGGAGCUUGGGAUAUGGGGUAGGAAUGAUGUCAUCAUGCCACUUUGUUUAUUGGGAGUCAGGUAAAGAGAUACUUGUAAUUCGGUUGAUUUUUGCUGAGUUCUAGCACAGACAUUAUAGGAUGUCUAACUAUUACUAAAGACCACUAACCUGGGUAAUCGGCUAUUGCAGGGUUUCCGCUCAAACAUCUGCAGAAGCCGGACAGGCAAAUGGGCAAAGGGGUAGCUGGGAACUGUGGCAAACUGGAAAGGUAUGUAGGCAUAGAGUUGCCACAGCAAGUAGUUUUCCUUAAGAAAAAGCCACAAAACUGAUUUUUUAAUGUGAGCUCUCUUUAUUUUUGAACCUGUAAAUGGAUCCAAAAAUUUAACAGCGGGAGACCAAACAAAACACCUCUGCAGACCAAAUUUGGCCUUGGUCUACCAGUUUGCCAGGCAUUCCACCAACCAGCCACACAGUCUCUCUUACCAAACAAUUGAAGGUCCACUAUUUUAGGCGCUGGGAGACAGCAGUGAGCCAGCCAGCCGACUUUCUUGCAGAAUAGCGGGGUGGGGGCUCUGGUUCUGAGCUUCUCAAACUUCCCUAAGUGUAGGACUCACUGGGAGGUCUGCGGUGAGGCCUGAAGCUUUGCCUUUCUAACAAGCUCCCAGGUGGUGGUAAUGCUGGUGGUUCCUGCACCAUACUUUGAGUAGCCUUGAGCUGUAACCCAGAGGCUCAGGAGCAGCUGUUAUUUGAAGGAGGGGAGUAGGGGGUUUGUCUUGAAGGUUGCAUUUGCCUGGCAAGCAUCCUCUUUUUACUUAGAUUUUAGUUUACUGCAGGGACUUGGAAGAGAGGUGAUGACGUCGAAGGCGGGUGUUAAGGCUCUCCCAGCUACCUCUCGGCGCUGCCGGGUCUCCGUUCUCAGUUUAUAAGCUCGAAGGCGGGGCAGGGGUGAAGGAAGGUGGUGGGAAAAACUUCCUGGGGGAGGUGCACGUGGACUGCCCAACCUUCCCCAGCCGCCGAGAAAGGGAGAAACCCCGAACUCCCCCGCUCCUGGGGCUGGGUCUCGGCAUCCCCACGCCGGGUCUGGUUUCCCAGGCAUCCCACGUGUCCGCGAGUCCCCGUCAAUCAAGCUUCUCCUCCCCGGGCUGGGCACGGGUUUAAAGGAGGCUGCUGCGCAAAGAGCUCCCAUAGUGCCGCGCGGCGGGCGGGUUUGGAUUUUAAAUCCCCGCGGCCAAUCAGUAGCGCGUAGGCUUUUGUAACGUUCCCGGCGCCGCGUUUGAAUUCGAGGAGGGGCAGAGCGGUGUCUAGCCUCGGCCCAGACCCUGCCAGGUCCGCUGAGCAACUCCGGGGACAUGAGUGCGGCGGCAACUACAGGGAAGCUGGCGCGGGCACCGGCUGACCCAGGAAAAGCCGGGGGCCCCGGAGUUGCAGCUCCCGGGGCCCCGGCGGCCGCUCCGCCGGCGAAAGAGAUUCCGGAGGUCCUAGUGGACCCGCGCAGCCGGCGGCGCUAUCUCCGCGGGCGCUUUCUGGGGAAGGGCGGCUUUGCCAAGUGCUUCGAGAUCUCGGACGCGGACACGAAGGAGGUGUUCGCCGGCAAGAUCGUGCCGAAGUCGCUGCUGCUCAAGCCGCACCAGAAGGAGAAGAUGUCCAUGGAGAUAUCCAUUCACCGCAGCCUUGCCCACCAGCACGUCGUCGGUUUCCACGGCUUUUUCGAGGACAACGACUUCGUGUUCGUGGUGCUGGAGCUCUGCCGCCGGAGAUCUCUCCUGGAGCUGCACAAGCGGAGGAAAGCACUCACCGAGCCUGAGGCCCGCUACUAUUUGCGGCAGAUCGUCCUCGGCUGCCAGUACCUGCACCGAAACCGUGUUAUUCACAGAGACCUCAAGCUGGGCAACCUCUUCCUGAACGAGGAUCUGGAGGUGAAAAUAGGGGAUUUUGGACUGGCAACCAAAGUCGAGUAUGACGGGGAACGGAAGAAGACCCUGUGCGGGACUCCUAAUUACAUAGCUCCUGAGGUGCUGAGCAAGAAGGGACACAGUUUCGAGGUGGACGUGUGGUCUAUUGGGUGCAUCAUGUAUACCUUGUUAGUGGGCAAGCCACCUUUUGAGACCUCUUGCCUUAAAGAGACCUACCUCCGGAUCAAGAAGAAUGAGUACAGUAUUCCCAAGCACAUCAACCCCGUGGCCGCCUCCCUCAUCCAGAAGAUGCUUCAGACGGAUCCCACUGCCCGCCCAACCAUUCACGAGCUGCUCAAUGACGAGUUUUUCACUUCCGGCUAUAUCCCCGCCCGCCUCCCCAUCACCUGCCUCACCAUCCCACCGAGGUUUUCAAUUGCUCCCAGUAGCCUGGACCCCAGCAGCCGGAAGCCUCUCACAGUCCUCAAUAAAGGCAUGGAGAACCCCAUGCCCGAGCGUCCCCGGGAAAAAGAGGAGCCCGUGGUGCGGGAGACCAGUGAGGCGGCUGACGGCCACCUCGGUGACAUGCUGCAGCAGCUCCACAGCGUCAACGCCUCCAAGCCCUCAGAGCGGGGGCUGGUGAGGCAAGAAGAGGCUGAGGAUCCCGCCUGCAUCCCCAUCUUCUGGGUCAGCAAGUGGGUAGACUAUUCGGACAAGUACGGCCUCGGGUAUCAGCUGUGCGACAACAGCGUGGGGGUGCUCUUCAAUGACUCCACACGCCUCAUCCUCUACAAUGACGGGGACAGCCUGCAGUACAUCGAGCGUGAUGGCACGGAGUCCUACCUCACCGUGAGUUCCCACCCCAACUCCUUGAUAAAGAAGAUCACUCUCCUUAAGUAUUUCCGAAACUACAUGAGCGAACACUUGCUGAAGGCGGGGGCCAACAUCACACCCCGGGAAGGCGACGAGCUGGCCCGGCUCCCCUACCUGCGAACCUGGUUUCGCACCCGCAGCGCCAUCAUCCUGCACCUCAGUAACGGCUGCGUGCAGAUCAACUUCUUCCAGGACCACACCAAACUCAUCCUGUGCCCGCUGAUGGCCGCCGUGACCUACAUUGACGAGAAGCGGGACUUCCGCACGUACCGCCUGAGCCUCCUGGAGGAGUUCGGCUGCUCCAAGGAGCUGGCCAGCCGCCUGCGCUACGCCCGCACCAUGGUGGACAAGCUGCUGAGCUCACGCUCGGCCACCAACCGCCUCAAGGCCUCCUCGUAGCCACCCCCACUCCACCACCACCACCACCACCCUGGACUGGCCCCCUCGCACCCCCUCCAGCACCUUGGCCCAUGCUGGUUAGCGCCCGUGGUGCUGUUUUAUAGUGUGUCCCCUGCCCUGGGGGCCGGGGCGAGAGCUGUGUCCUCCCCGCAGGUGGGGGCCGCUGUGUAAGUUAUUUUUGUACAUGUCCCGGUGGGGCGUCUGUGGCCUCUUCCCCUUCCCUCAGCCCCACCACGUGAAUUGUACAGAAGGUUGCUAUUGAAUUUGGGACUGUCCUUGCCCUGCCUUUAUAUACAUUAAACAGAUGUGAAUCUUG